AUGUUGCUGGAUCUGAACAAGGAGCUGAUGAACGAGCUGGGGAUCACGGUGGUCGGGGACGUCAUCGCCAUCCUCAAACACGCCAAGGUCGCCUACAGGAUCCAGAAGAACAUGUUGCUGGAUCUGAACAAGGAGCUGAUGAACGAGCUGGGGAUCACGGUGGUCGGGGACGUCAUCGCCAUCCUCAAACACGCCAAGGUCGCCUACAGGCAGGAGAUGUUCAGGGCGGCCACCGAGUCCCUCAGCCCCCCCGAGCCGCGUCGCACCGCCCCCCCUGCCCCCCGGCGCCGCGCCCCUCUCCCUGCCAGCCGGAUGAUCGCCAACAGCCUGAGCCCCUCGGCCCCCCCAUGGGCCCCCAAAAUCUCUGUCACUGUUUCCAACAAACUGGGAGCCACCAAGGCAGGUAAUGUGAAUUCCCAGCUCCCUGAGGCAAAUCCUCCACUCCCAGCAAAGCGCCGGCGAGUGACGGCAGAGAUGGAAGGGAAAUACAUCAUCCACAUGCCCAAGGGAACCACUCCCAGGACCAGAAAAAUCCUGGAGCAACAGGCAGCCAAAGGGCUGCAGAGAAGAUCUGUGUUCCAGCGCCUGGGAUCUGAGGCCAAGGGGGAAACCAGCACAGGAGGGAAGCCCACCGGUGUCUUCAGCCGCUUGGGUGACACUUUGUGCCCACCUGGUGACAAAGACGACGAGAGUGAUGACGAUGGUUCCGUCCUGCAAUACCUUGGAGUCCUGAAAAAACAUCCCAAACCUCCUGGGAUGGGGAAUGUGGAGCCAGGAGGGACCAUCAAAGCCAAAGCCACCAGCUCAGAAGCCAAAAGUCCCACCGGUGUCUUCAGCCGCUUGGGUGACACUUUGUGCCCACCUGGUGACAAAGACGACGAGAGUGAUGACGAUGGUUCCGUCCUGCAAUACCUUGGAGUCCUGAAAAAACAUCCCAAACCUCCUGGGAUGGGGAAUGUGGAGCCAGGAGGGACCAUCAAAGCCAAAGCCACCAGCUCAGAAGCCAAAAGUGUCCCUGUCACCUCUGCCACCAACCCCAGAAUUGGGCAUUGGGGCCCAAGGGCAACCAGAUCCCACCAGGCCGUGGUGACCACACAGGAUGAUGGGGUUUCCAGCACUAAGGAAAGGCCUGAACCGGAAUUCCGGAUUCUGUCUGUGAGACAAGACCCAGAAUUCCAGUUGAGGAAGGAACCAGAGUUUCGGGUGAGGUUGAACAGGUCCUGGGGGUGUGGGAAGGUGAGCAGCACCUCGGAGCCACCACCGGCUCAGAUGGACAGCGCCGGGUCCGUCAGCGUCUUCCAGAGGCUGGGAAGGAAACCAGACUGA